AUGACUGUUCCUGUGAAACUGUUAUUGUUUGGAAGGGCACGAGAGUUGGCUAAUAUCUCAGAGAUGCAAUUGGAUUUGCCAACAACAAUGACCAAAAAGCGAUUGUAUGAAAUAAUCUUUGACGAGACAUUAAAAGAACUGGCAUGCCUUCGAGAAUCAUGCCUUCUGGCUGUCAAUCAAGAGUAUUUGAACGACGAAGGAACAAUUCCGAUUCAAUCGAAUUCAGAAAUCGCUGUGAUACCUCCACUGAGUGGAGGCUGA